GGAAGAAGAAAAAGAAAGAAAGAAAGAAAGAAAGAAAGAAAGAAAAAAAGACAAAAAUAAAACAAAAUAGAGAUGGAUAGAGUUCAGUCCCCACUUGAAAUGGUUCGUCGCAUGGCCUUCGUGAAAGAACAUAAUCGUGAGAUCGUUAGCGAGGAGCUCAUUCCUUCGUGAAAUUUCGUAGAGGUACGAGCUCUUCGAACGGUGAUUCUCGACUAUUCGACUAUUAUUCGUAUGUUCGACAAUUUCAACCUGUGAGCACGGUAUCCUUAUUCAUAACGGUAUAUAAAAACUCGUGCCAACGACCGACUGUGCAUUUUCAUUUAUAGUCAAAGUUUCACUUCUAACCUAAAUUCUUCGUCCCAACCAAGCAGCCAAGCAGCCAACCAGUCAAUCAGUCAAUCACUCAGUCAGUCAGUCAGUCAACUCUCGUUUGAUAAAAUCUACGAUAGUUUUUUAUCAAGUUUUAUUAAACAUCGCGUUUUAUUACAAUCUUCAUUGAGAAAUCUUGAGGAAUAUUGAGGAAUAUAAUCGUAAUAUCAUUUUCGAGAAAAGGAUAUCAUUCGAAAGCCGGCCAAGUGAUUUGGAGAAGAAAGUGUCCUAUUUGGCAAGUGUUACAUAAAAGUCUAAGGAAUGAAUUAAAAUCUACUUUUCUUUUUUCCCAUUUAAUACAACUACGACCGGCUUCUUGUAUAUGUGCAAUAUCAUCGAAGAAUAUAAAACAUUUAAUUAGAUUUGAGAUUUUAUAUAAAAGAGAGAGGAAGAGACUUUUGAACUUUGGACGUAUUACUCUUUGAAAGAAUUCAAGAUGUGGCCAAAUGACGUCGGUAUCAAAGCUAUUGAAGUUUAUUUCCCAGCUCAAUAUGUGGAUCAAACAGAUUUGGAGACUUACGAUGGUGUAUCCACAGGGAAAUAUACUAUAGGACUGGGACAGUCUAAAAUGGGAUUUUGCAAUGACAGAGAAGAUAUAAAUUCAUUAUGUUUAACGGUCGUCCAUAGAUUAUUGGAUAGGUACAACAUCGAACUUCGAGAAAUUGGUAGAUUGGAAGUGGGAACAGAAACAAUUAUAGAUAAGAGCAAAUCGGUAAAGUCUGUUCUUAUGCAAUUAUUUGAACCGUUUGGAUAUACAGAUAUCGAAGGUGUGGAUUGUACUAACGCUUGUUAUGGUGGUACAGCAGCUUUAUUCAAUGCUAUCUCUUGGGUAGAAAGCAGUGCUUGGGACGGAAGAUUAGCACUAGUUGUUGCAGCUGAUAGCGCUGUUUAUUCUCCUGGUAGCGCAAGACCUACCGGUGGAGCAGGGGCGAUAGCUAUGAUAAUAGGUCCAGAUGCUCCAAUUGUAUUGGACCGUGGACUACGUGCAUCAUAUAUGCAACACGCGUAUGAUUUUUAUAAGCCUGAUUUACGUUCCGAAUAUCCAUACGUAGAUGGAAAAUUAUCUAUUCAAUGCUACCUCAAUGCUUUAGAUAGUUGUUAUAAAUUGUACAGUGAAAAAGUUAAAGGAAAAAGGCCUGAUGAAAUCGUUAAUCUAAACAGCUUUGAUGCAAUCUUAUUUCACUCUCCGUACUGUAAACUUGUACAAAAAUCAUUCGCCAGACUAGCUUUUGUUGAUUUUUUAAACACAUCUAAAGUAGAAGUUUCUCAGAAGUACAAAGAAUUAGAAAAAUUUCAUGAUGCGAAGUUAGAGAAUACUUAUUUUGAUAAAGAUAUUGAAAAGGCAUUUGUAACAUUGAGCAAAUCAGAUUUUAUGCAAAAAACAGAACCUAGCUUAUUUUUAGCGAAUCAAGUGGGAAAUAUGUAUACAGCAUCUGUUUAUUCUGGAUUAGUAUCUUUACUUAUAUCUAAACCAAUAAAUGAACUAGCAGGCAAUAAAGUAGCUGUAUUUUCAUAUGGUUCAGGUUUAUGCUCGAGUAUGUAUUCCUUAACGAUAACAAAAGAUGUAAAAAAUGAAUCUAGCUUAAUGAAAAUUAUUUCAUCAUUAGUUUAUGUUAAAUCUCAAUUAGAAGCACGACAAAAAGUAACUCCGGCAGACUUUACUAGUAUAUUAGAAUCAAGAGAAAAAAAUUAUCACAGUGCGCCCUAUGAACCUAAAACUAGUACCAGCAAUAUGUUCCCUGGUACUUAUUAUCUUACACAGAUAGAUGAUAAAUAUCGAAGAACUUAUGAAAAAAUACAAAAUAGCCAAUAGUUUUCUAUACACACAAUCUAUCGUAGUUAAUUUGGUUAAAUUAAAUAAAAUACUUGAAGCUUAUCCAAUGGGAUAUAUUGUAGCACAAUGUGUAUAUAUUCAAGUAUUUUCUAUCAAGGAUUUGUACUAAUUAUUUUUAAUAUGUAGCAUAUAAAUGUUAUAGAUAAUUCUUUAGAGAACACAUUUUACAAAUAUGUAUAAUAUAAAUACAAAAGAAGCAAUUAUUGAUAAUUGCUUCAAAUGUUAUGAAGUAUUACUUCAGAUUGUCAAUUUAUUUCUUUCUAAAGAAGACAAAGAUUUUAAUUUACCGAAAAAAAUAUUUUGGAAACACGCUACAGUUUUAAUAUUAAUGUAAAUUAUAACGAA